CAAUCUCAUACAAUAUAUCAUAUAAUACAUUAGGUUUUCUUCCAAGAGAGAUGGCUUGUGACACUAAAACAUGGUUAGUUUUGCAUGUUGUUCUCUUAGUUACAUGUUACAUGCAACAUUGUAUCAAUGGCCAAACACCUCAAGUGCCUUGUAUUUUUGUAUUUGGAGACUCCUUGUCCGACAAUGGAAACAACAACAAUCUUUUAACAAAUGCAAAAGCUAAUUAUGAUCCAUAUGGUGUUGACUUUCCAACAGGAUCAAAUGGAAGCAGAUUUACCAAUGGACGAACAUCAAUUGACUACAUUGGAGAAUUUCUUGGAUUCACGGAUUUCAUCCCACCCUUUGCAAACACUAAUGGCUCAAACAUAAGUCAUGGUGUUAACUACGCAUCUGGUUCAGCUGGGAUUAGUUUCGAGACUGCCAAACAUAUGGGUGAUAAUGUCCCCUUGCUACUCCAGCUAAUACAUCAUAAUAUCAUAGUUUCCAAAAUUGCUCUCAUGCUUGGAGGUUUGCCACAAGCCCAACAAUAUUUGAAAAAAUGUUUGUAUUAUGUGAAUAUAGGAAGCAACGAUUACAUAAACAAUUAUUACUUACCACAAUUUUAUCCAUCAAGUCGCCUCUUUAACCCUGAGCAGUAUGCUCAAGUUCUUAGUGACCAAUUCUCUUUUUUUUUACAGGCUUUACAUGCUGCUGGGGCAAGAAAACAUGUGAUAGUUGGAGUUGGCCUAAUAGGUUGCACUCCAAAUGCCAUUGCUACUAAGGGAUUAAAACAAGGGGAAUUAUGUGUUGAACAAUAUAAUGCUGAUUCAUUAAUACUUAGUCUCAAGCUUAGAGCUCUUGUGGAUCGAUUCAAUACUGAAAAACCUGAUUCCAAAUAUAUCUUUGUAAAUAGUACUGCUGGCUCCGUAGACCCUUCACUUGGUUUUACUGUUUUCAAUGCUCCUUGUUGUCCAGUGAGAUCAGAUGGAAUGUGUGUUCGUGAUUCAAUACCAUGCACCAAUAGAAAUCAACAUGUUUUUCAUGAUGGAUUUCAUCCCACACAAGCUUUGAACUAUCUCACUGCAUUAACUUCUUAUGAUAGUACUUUUGCUGCUCCAGGAACCACCUCUCCAAUGGAUAUCAAACAACUUGCUCAGUAUCCCAUAAAUUAGUUCAAGUUACAACAAUGUCCUUUAAAUAAGCUCAACAUGUUUGCAUAAAAGAAAAAUAAGUUCAACUUUAUCACAUGUAUAAGCAAUAAGCAAUCAUGUAUGUAUUGAGCAGAAUAAAUUAGGAUCGGUCACAACCCUUAAUUAUAUUAUUUAAUGUUAUAAACUCGGUAUAUUUAA